AGAACAAUUAAUAAUUACAAUUUUACAAUUAAGCUCAAAACUGCCCAAGUCAAAAGACCCUCAAUCAAACCAGUCAACAAAGUCAAACCGGUCAGAGAUCAGGUCUGACCAAACCCAUAUCAGUCCGACCCAACUCGGACCGGUCCGACCCAGAACCAGCACUGUUGUAAGCUUUGGGAACAAGUUUUCUUUUACUAUAAAAACCCAUCUGUUCCAUACCUAAAGAAAAAAAAAAAAAGAUGGGAGCAGACUCCCUCUCUCCUUCUUCUUCUUCAUCUCUGGAUCAUGCCAAAACUCCCUUCCUCUUUGCACACACAGAACCAUUUCUCUUCUUUCUCUUUACCACAAACCCACAUAAAACAGAGGACUUCUCUUGGAACCUUUUCUCUAGAGACAGCUUCUUCUUCCCCUCGCCUCCACUUCCUGAAACAAAGACAGACAAUGAUGACCACGUACAAAACACACGAAAAGCACAGCCAUACACCAAAAAAGAGACUCGGCCUGUUCUUCUUAUCAAACACCGACAAAACAAAAAGAAAGAGACGACAACAAGCAAACAGCGGAAAGGCAACGGCAAUAGCGACGAAGACCUUGGAGGCAGAACCAUCCUCAAUCCUCAAAGUUGAAGGUUGGUCAUUAUCGGAUUGAACCACCACUACCAUUCAUCAUCAUUCCCGUUUCCAUCUCUACUUCUAUAUUUAUUAACAAAAUGGUUCCUAACCAAUCAGCACCCAAGCAAACUAAAGGUCUGAAUUCUACUGUAACCAAAAAUCAUGCGAGUUGCAAUUAUAUCAAAGC